AUGGAUCUGUUGAUUGCAAGGAUAGAGGAUGCCCAGAAUGGUGGUGGAGAGAAGGUCGCGUUGGAUGGGGCAGUGAGGGUUUCGUCGGUCAAGCACGGUAAGAGAGGAAAACAUACCAAUCCGGAGCAUGUUUCCCAGAAGUCUGGUCACUCUCCACUAGAGAGAGGUGGUUUUCCAGUGGACAAAGAUAUUAAGUUACCCAGUAUUGCUAUUAAUGAUAAGCCUGUCUUGGUGAGACACAGUUCUGAGAGGACUCUAGCUUCGCUGCCUCAAAGGGAGAGACAUCAUAUUCGUCACAGAGGCAGACGUCCCAGUAUAAAUGACUAUACGCCUGUAUCUGCAGGCAUGUUUAGUGAAUGCAUGUUUGAUACUGAAUUGAAAUCUCCAGCUGAAGAGAUUCUUAUGCCUGAAAAGGAGAAGGAUUCAAGUGGUGGAGUUGCUACUUCAACAACAACAACAACAACGAAGCAAGGGCUCCCCUGUAGUUUAUUGCAAGAUGGGAGUAAGCCAAGUUCUGCAUCUUUGGCUCAAGGCAUAUUCAGUACUCACGUCUGUACGCACGAUCAAAGACAGUCUGGAAAAUUCGGUAAUAACAAACACAGACAUCAGAAUAAACUGUUCAAGGAUGGAUCCGGUUCAGAAAUUUUCAAUAAUGACAAUAAGAGAUUAGUUAAUCAGUUUUUGAGAUCAAUAGAUGCCUCCUCAUCUUUACAACUUGGUAGAAGGCCCGUUAAAUUUAAGGCAAAGAUUGUCAAUUGUCCAUCGAAAAAGGAUAAACGCUCAUUGAUAGACAAAUCAAACCCUUCAGAAAGAUCACUACAAAGUUUAUUGUAUCAUGAUUUGGAAGGUUCUGGCAACGAUACAUCCGAAGACCUUGCAGGGAUGUCAUUACCAAAUUAUUCUUCUUCGUAUGGAGCUUUAUCUGAUAGUAUAAGUUCAAGUGACCCAGAAAGCUCUGACAGUGAAUCCUCUAGCAGUAGUUUGGAUCUCUCUCGAUCAGAUAUAAGACCCUGGACUAACAGUUACUCCUCUUCUGAAUCUGGUCCAUUGGAUUCCACGGAAGACACUGUCUAUGGUGAAGGUAAUGUAAGCUCCGAAGCCAAAAGUAAAGAAUUAAAACCACCAUUAAAUAAGAGUGAAAUGGAUUACUAUCAAAGACAUAUAACAUUGACUCUGCAAAAAGCUGAAUAUAUGAUUAAGACGAGUUUGAAAGAUACUAUAGUUAAAAGGGAGGCUGACUUACAAAAGACUGUACAAUAUUUCGACAAUCUUACUCGUGAUUUGCAAGACUUGAAAAAUCGUGUAAUAGGCCUCAAAGUAUUAGUAAGAGAUGACUAUCUCCAAAUGUUACGACAGGAAUUCAACUCUACACUUGUAGAUUCCUUCGAAGCUCAGUUAACGAAAGCUGUUACUUCAAAAGUGGACCAACUUGAAAAAUUGGAAAAUAGAAUGAGUGUCUGCCAAAUUAGAGUUGCUGAACAGAAGGAAAUACUAAGAAAAUUUGAAAAUCUUUUCACAUUGGAGGAUUCUCUGAUCCUCUCAAGGAAAAAAGUAACCUUCGCUUCCAAGUAUCGUUACGUCCUCUACGACAUUAUCUCUUCUGCUUUUCUGCUCAGUAUCUGUCUUGUACUCAAACGACUAGUCUGGGGAUAA